UUUCCUUUUGACGUGUAAAGCCCGCCUAGAGAAGGCGUUUAUUGGUAGCCUGCUUCACCGGGCAUUGGCUAUGUCAUCUUGUGUCAUACACUGAACAACACGAUUGGUUUCUUUCGACGAGGUCCACUGCUGAACGCUGGUGAGUUGAGUGCAAACAUGCCACCAAGAAGAAAACCCCUACCUAACCCACUGCCUGAAGGCUACACUCUGACGGACACGGAGAAGAAACAGUGGAAGCUAGGCAAGAUUAUUGGCAGAGGAGGCUUUGGACUUAUCUAUUUAGCUUCCCGGAGAUUGGACGCACCUGUUCCCGGUGACUCUGAUUUCGUGAUUAAAGUCGAAUAUCACGAGAAUGGUCCUUUGUUCUCCGAGCUGAAGUUUUACCAGAGGGCCGCGAAACCAGAGAGCAUUGAAAGGUGGAAGAAGUCGAGGGGGCUGAACUUCCUUGGGAUACCGUGCUACUUCGGCUUUGGAUUGGCUGAGUUUCAGGGAACACGGUACAGGUUCAUGGUGAUGGAUCGGCUGGGCACUGACCUCCAGAAGUUCUGUGUAGAAAAUGGGGGGAGGCUGAAGAGACUCAGUGUUCUGAGGACGGGAUACCUGCUGUUGGAUGUGCUGGAGUACAUUCAUGAAAACGAGUAUGUCCAUGCGGAUAUCAAGGCUGCUAAUCUUCUACUGGGCCACAGAGAUCCCAGCAAGGUGUACCUGGCAGACUACGGCCUCUCGUACAGGUACUGCCCUGACGGGGUUCACAAGGAGUACAAGGAGAACCCGAAGAAAGGGCAUGAUGGCACGAUUGAGUACACGAGCACUGACGCUCACAAUGGAGUAGCCCCCUCGCGGAGAGGUGACCUGGAGGUGCUUGGCUACUGUCUGCUACACUGGCUGUGCGGAAGACUGCCCUGGGACUCCGUGCUCAAGCGUCCGGUCAUGGUCCAGGAGGCCAAGGCUAGGCUGAUGGCUAACCUGCCUGAUUCAGUGAUGGAGCUGUCUCCCCCUGGUACCUGCACAGGGGAGGUGGCCAGCUUCCUGCUCUACGUCAAGUCCCUGGGCUACAAAGAGAAGCCCGACUACCAGGAGCUCCGUGCCAUCCUGGCCGAGGGGCGGCCCAUAUCGGGCCGGAAGGAGGGCCCGCUGGACCUCUCCAGGCCGGGAGAGGAAGAGGAGGAGGAGGAGGAGCAGUGCAGGCCGCCGCCGCCCCAGAGCAAACCCGCCAGAGCGAAGCCGGCGGCGAGGGAAGCGCCCCGGCCGCGGGCCCCGCCCCGGGCGGACGCAGAGACGGCCGGCGGGGAGGAGGUGCGGGAGGGAGCGCCGGCUCGCCAGAGGAGACCCAGAGCAGUGCCCAGAGCAGCGCCCAGAGCAGCGCCCAGAGCAGCGCCCAGGCAGAGCCGCGUGGAGGAGGAGAAGAAGAAGCCGCAAGCGAAAGGAGCCAUCAGAAAGGUGCAGGCUGAGGGGGAGGGCGGGGCAGACGAGCGGGACGAGGAACCCGAUCCGGAGAAACCGGCCCCGCCCCGGCACCCGUACAAUCUCAGGGAAAGACGCCCCCGCAGGCUGGACACCCCCGGGGGGCUCGGACAGUGGGGCGGAGCCUUCGCCAUCCUCUUCCUCCUCAUCCUCACCCUCCUGUUCGCCCUCUUGCCUCACGCGGACCGGGGGCCGGCGAGGCUAUGACCCGGGGGCUCACGGCUUCUGCAGGCUCAUUUUCACCGUCACGGGCUGCCAACGAGUCAGUCCGUCACUAUUUUUGUAUUUACAAAUUUUGUA